UCAAUACCAUAGUAUUUAUUAUUCUUGAAGUUGGUGGCAGCAUAAAUAAUGCAAAAGUUAUGUUCAUGCACUUAAAAUGUAGUUCAGUGUUACGUUAACAUGUUUAGAAAUAACAUUUAAGGAUCAUUUUAGCAGCAGAACUGUUAAGAUUUAAGUUUCAGCGUGAUUUUUAGGGUACAUUUAAAAGAAAAUUGAAAUAAUUGCAGUCUUGCUCAGAUUAUAUUAAUUUGAUGAAAAUAUUAACUUAUUUUACUAAAUAGUCUGCUCAAAUCAUAAUCUGUGCCUAUAUAAUAGUUUUAUACAGUUUGUGCAUUUAACAAAGUGUAACAUUACAUUUUUACAAAAAAAGAAGAGCCUACUGUAAUUAAUAAAUAAGUUUGAGCAUUUGCUUCUUGAUCUUUGAAAGUGUCUGCAUUUCCUUCUUUUCCACUGGAUUUUUGUUUCAUUGCUCACAGUUAUGACAUCAAAAAAUUUCCCUACAACAAAUUUGAGGAUAAUUCUGUCUAAUCACAAUACUACAGCAAAACAAAAUUCAGAAUAUUGCUGCUGUCUUAUCUGGAGAGAAACAUCAGAUAGGUAUUCCUUUAAAUAUAAAUUUUGAGUCUUACACAUCCUCAGGAAUAAAAUGGCAGGAUUACAAAACAAAAGAUCCAACUCUGUUUCUAGCAGUGCAAAUAUAGAGGUAGCUAGGUCUUUAAAGCAUGUCACUCAAAUUAAAUAAUCUGACAAUAUUUUUGGCAAAAGUGGACCAGAAACAACUAUUAGAAAAUGAAGUAGUGUUAGAAAACUGGGAGUUACUCAAGGAGGAGAUAGACAAGGUUAAGAAUAAAUAUGCUCCUAGAAAGCAAAAAAGUGAAACUUCUAAAAUUAGACACAUCUGUUAAGAGAUCAUACAGUAGGAUAAGCCAAGAAAGUAAAGAUUGUGUGUUAAAACUCCUGAUUUUCUUGACAUAUGUUAAUUACCUAGACUUUGUGGUGUACACAGCGUGAUUUCAAAAUCUGCAGAUGACAUUGUAUAAUUGAGUUUUUUUUAAAACAAUUUUUGUACUUUAGUUAAAUGUAAUGAUUAUGCAAGAAAGGUUAUAUUAGAGAUCUACAGCACAGAGGAAAGUUCCUUUGGACCAUCGUUUAGAUAUUAUGGUGAUUAAUUGUGGUCAAUAUAAGGCAAGAGUCUUAUACUUUUGUAUGCAGCAAUAUGCUUCUGGUUAAGAUUUAGCCUGAGACAAACGGAGUGCCAUUUUUUAAGGCUUGCUGUGAGUGCACUUUGAAACAAAACAGCUGUAGAUUUCAAUACACAGUUAUUACUUAGCUUUGUAACUUUAAAGUGCCUUAAACAGAAACAGUCACUUUGCUUUAAAGUAUGUAAUAUGCAUGGAAUAGGAGAAUAUGGACCUCAGAGAGGCAAAAAGUGUUUAGUUUAGAAAGGCAUCAUCUGUUCAUGCAGAAUUGGUGAGCUGAGGUUUAAUUCUUGGCAACAUAACCCUAAUCCUCUGAAGAACAAAGGGAGAUGGUACUGUCCUUUCAAAGUGACAUUUGUGUUAACUUGUUCCAAGAACCAGCAGUCACUGUGAAGUUACUUAUUAACAAAUGGCUCCUGAACUCUCCAGACACUUAGGUGUACCAAUUAGACAUUUCAGAUGAUGAUCCUGUGGUAUGUUAUUGUAUGAGAGCUAUAAAUUCAAUAACGUAACGGGGAAAGGAUGUCAUCGAAAGGAUGCUGCUAACUAACACACAAUCAUAGAAUCCCUACAGUGCAGAAAGAAGCCAUUUGGCCCAUUCAGUCUGCACUGACCCACUGAAGAGCAUCCCACCCAGACCGUGUGACCUUGCAUUUACCAUGACCAAUCCUCAUCUCUGGACACCCUGGGCAAUUUAGCAUUGUCAAUCCACCUGACCUACACAUCUUUGGACUGUGGGAGAAAACCAGAUCACCUGGAAGAAACUCAUGCAGACACAGGUAGAAUGUAUAAACUCCAUACAGAUGAAGAUGGAAUCGAACCCAGGUCCCUGGCACUAUGUGGCAGCAGUGCUAACCUCUGAUCCACCAUAUAUAGACAUCUUCAGGAAACAGUCAGGAGAUAACAGGAGAUGAUAUCAGUAACAAUGACUACCACUGUUCAGAAUAAAACAAAGAACUGCAGAUCAGAAGCAAACAAAAACAGAAGUCGCUGCAGAAAUUCAGCAGGUCUCUGAUAUUACAAGGAAUGAGGAUUUUAGUUAAGAGAAAAGGGUAUAAAUAUUGGAACAAAAACGGAGAACAUUGGAAAUAGUCAGCGGAUUUGGCAGCAUUUGUGGAAAGAACAACAAUUAAUUCUUCAGGUCAAAGCUAGGGUUACUUUCUGUGGAUCAGAGGUGGCUAAGAAGUUAUUUAGUUGAGGUAUAUAAAAUUAUAAAGUGUGUAGACAGAAUGAUAAAGAGCUAUUUCUGUUAACAGAGUUUCAAUAAGCAUGUGGAAUACAUUUUAAGUAAAUAGUAGAAGGUAUAGGUGGGGUGUUGAGAAUUUUUUUCACUGAGUAUGGUGCAGAUUGAGAACUUUGAAAAGGUGACACUCAGAAAUUCUCAUCUGGUUUAAUAAUAAUCGGAAAUGCACUUUUAAGAGCUACAGACUAAGAGCUGGAAAAUGAGAUUAGGUGGAUAGCUCUCUUUGGCUAUUUCUACCUUUCUUCUUACUAUUGUAGGAUGCUUAUUUCAAGAUUCAGCAACAUUUCAUUCAUAGACUUAGGUUUUUAAUUUGAUUUUUCUCAUUUUUAAAUUAACCUACUUUCCGACGUACCCAUAGUUGCACUGUGAUCUUUUUAAAACCAGAAAUACUUUCUUCAGCAUUGGCUAGACUUCGGGAACAACCUUUUCUUGUACUUAAAUUUUGUAAAGGCUAACCUUUAUAUUCAUUCUUAAGCAAUUGUUUAAGAAGCAGGAGCAAGCAUCUACCAUAAUGUAAUUGAUUUUUGAGUUGAAAUGAAUAACACCAAUAAGCCUUCAAGUGAAGGAUUUCACACUUUAGUUGCAAAUACUAGUACAGUAAUUAUAAUGGAGUCAUAACAUCGUAGGUCAUUUGGCCUGUUUGGUUUCGGUCCUUCCUGGAAUAGCAAUUCACCUACCCUGCAUCCUCGGUCUUUUCCCCACAGUCCUGCUAUUAUUUUUUUCCCUUUCAGAUUAUUGCCCAAUUAUCUUUCGAAAGCCACGAAUCUCACUCCACCUCUGGCAAUGCAUUCCAGGCCCUAACCACUUGCUGGAUUAACCAAAAAAAAGGUUCAUUUUGCCAAUCAUCCGGAAUUGGUGCCCUCUGAUUCUCCAUCCUUCCGUUAACUGUAACACCUUGUCUCUAUCUGGUCUGUCCUGGUCCCCGAACAACUGCUGGGCUUCAAACGCCUCCAUUUUACAUCGUGCUCUUCUUUGUUUGCAUACGAGGUGGUGGGGGUGGGGAGGGGAGGGGAGGGUAGGGAGAAACAUAGCAGUGAUAACAAUAAUCGAUCGAGAUGGGGACGGAAAACACCGUUAAGGAUAUGCUCAGCAGGUGCACACAUUAACCUUGGCGGUGUGGAGGGAAGAAAAAGUGAAAGAAGCAGCAGCAGCUGAUAGCAACGCCCCCUCGCUCUUCACCAUUUGUUUUGAUUCCUUGGGUGCGAAUGCGCCAAGGCUGCGCAGGCGCACUAAGGCGCCAGCUGGCUGCUCGGCGGAGGCCGCUUCCAGCCGAAAAAAAACAAGGAGAGAGGGGGGAGGGAGGAGAGAGAGAAAAACUUGUAGCUGCGGUCAAAGCAGCUCCCGCCAUCGGCAGAAAUAAAUAUCACCGCUGGGGAGUCUGAGCCUAAUCCGAUUUAGCCAUCUUCCGUCUUUUUUUUUCACUCCGAUCGAGUGACGGAGGCCGGUGCAUCGGAGCCUGUGUGUGUUUUUUUUCCGCAGCCACCCGCCCGCUCCAUUUCCUUCCAAUGUUGUUGUUCUUCUCCGCCUCGGCUCACGGAUUUGAAUUGUGGGAGAAGCAGGGAGGCCGGAGCCGGAUCUGGACCCGCGGCGGCUCUGCCUCCUGGCCGGCCGUGCGUGCAGUGGCCGCCGCCGUUUGAAAAGGUGGCUUACUCCAGCCUUUUCCCGUCUCCGCCUGCCAUGAACGGUGGUGGUGGUGGCGGUGGCGGCGGCGGCGGCGGCGGUGGGCCACUGCCGGGCGGAGGCUCCAAGGUGAAGUACUGCCGUUACUACGCUAAGGACAAGACCUGUUUCUACGGCGACGAGUGUCAGUUCCUGCACGAGGAUCCCAACAAUGGCGCCGUUUCCGCGAGCCUCGGUCUUGUCGUCAAUAAAAACCACCCGGGACUGGCAGUCGGGACGGCCGCGGCUGCGCCGGGAGCCGGGGGAGCCGGAGGAGGAGCUGCUGGCGGAGGAGGGAGCGGCGGCGGUGCCGCCGGGGGAGGAUACCCACACGGAGGGCCCAAGAAAAACGAGCUCGGCAGCCUGGUGGAGCCUGGGCAGCUGCUCACCAUUCCAGGGAUGGAUGCAACGUUACCAGACAGCCUCACCAACUCAUACUUCAGCAGCAGCUUUAUUGGUGUAAAUGGCUUUGGAGGAGGCCCUGCUGAACCAAAGUACCCUUUGAUUCAGAGGCAAGCUAACAGCAGCAGCUCACCCAGCCUGUUGAGUGAUUGUGCCAAAGCAUAUGCUUGUGCAGGACAUGAUCAACUAAAUUUAUCUGCCUCAUUGUUCAGUGAUUUCUCUGGCCUCAGCAUUUCUCAGCGGAGAAAGACACCAAAUCCAGCUGCAAAUGAAUUCAUCCCUAAAGGAGGAUCAACCUCUCGACUAAGUUCUGUGUCCCAGUCAAACAUGUCGGCCUUUUCACCAGCCUUGUUCUCUCAUCCAUCCUUGGGCAGCCCAUCAGCAGCUGGGUUAGCCCCGGGAAUGUCCUUAUCAGCAGGAUCAUCUCCUCUGCAUUCUCCAAAAAUAACUCCCCACACAUCACCUGCGCCUCGAAGGAGGAGUCAUACUCCAAAUCCAGCAAAUUUCAUGGUACCUACUAGUGCCUCUACACCAGUAUCUGACGCAGUCUCUCAGUCUCCAUCUUCUGGUCAGGUGAUACAAAAAGAAACUGUGGGAGGGACAACUUACUUCUAUACUGACACAACUCCAGGACCUCUUCCAGGAAUGGUGUUUCCAACUUAUCAUAUUUAUCCUUCGUCUGCACCCCAUGUUGCUUAUAUGCAGCCUAAAGCAAAUGCGCCUUCUUUUUUUAUGUCCGAUGAACUCAGACAGGUAAAUUGA